UUCCUCACAUCGUUGCAUUUUGUCCAGUACCUUUAUUCAUCGGUGGAGAUUGAUUCCAAAUGUAUAUUUGCUAAGUCCCAUGGGCCAGUUUAACUCUCCUGGUGCAAGGGAUCAAUGCAACAUUUUGCUUUGCAAAAUUUGGCUUGCUACAUUAUCAUGUUGCACAACAUCAACAGGGCGGACCUGGCGUAGCGUGAAGCUACCCCUUGGUGACCUGGUGGUCACAAGUUCGAGUCGCAGAAACAGCCUCUCUGCUUGCGAGGAUAAGGCUGCGUAUAUCAACUCUUCUCCAGACCUCGCUGAAGCAGAAGUUUCGUACACGGAGAGUACAUCGUUUUACUAUGUUUUGGAUCUUUUAUUUGACUUUAGAAAGGAAAAUGAGAAGUAUUAGAAAUUACUUGAAUCAAAUUAUUUUUUUACUGGAAACUAUGUUUUCCUCACCUGU